GAUCGGCCUUCGCCUUGCCGCAGAUCCUCCGUGAGCGGGCGCUCGGGACAGGGAGAUCUCCGGGAGAGAUGGACAAGUCCAGCGCCCUCGAGUACAUCAACCAGAUGUUCCCCACCGAGGCGUCGCUGUCGGGGGUGGAGCCGCUGAUGCAGAAGAUACAGAGCGAGAUUCGCCGGGUGGACGCCAGCAUCCUCGCCGCCGUCCGCCAGCAGAGCAACUCGGGAACCAAGGCCAAGGAAGAACUUGCUGCUGCCACAAAUGCUGUUCAGGAGCUAAUGUAUAAGAUACGGGAGAUAAAAACUAAGGCUGGACAAAGUGAAACAAUGGUUCAAGAAAUCUGCCGUGACAUAAAAAAGCUGGAUUGCGCAAAGAGGCAUAUAACAACUACAAUAACUGCUCUUCACCGGCUUACUAUGCUUGUUUCUGCUGUUGAGCAACUUCAGGUCAUGGCCUCAAAACGUCAGUACAAGGAAGCAGCUGCACAACUAGAGGCAGUAAACCAGUUGUGCAGUCAUUUUGAAGCCUAUCGGGAUGUGCCAAAAAUAACAGAGCUCAGAGAGAAACUCAAGAAUAUCAAGAAAAUCCUCAAAUCCCAUGUAUAUUCAGAUUUUACAAGCUUAGGAACUGGGAAGGAAGCAGAAGAUGCCAAUCUAUUGCAGCAGCUAUCUGAUGCUUGCUUGGUGGUUGAUGCUCUGGAACCGUCUGUGAGAGAAGAGCUAGUAAAGAAUUUUUGCAGCAAGGAGCUCAUCUCAUAUAAGCAGAUCUUUGAAGGGGCAGAACUGGCAAAGUUGGACAAGACUGAAAGGAGAUAUGCAUGGAUUAAGCGUCGAUUACGAUCAAAUGAGGAUACCUGGAAAAUAUUUCCACCCUCCUGGCAUGUUGAUUAUCUGUUGUGUAUCCAGUUCUGUAAGAUUACAAGGACCCAGCUUGUCGAUAUCCUGAAUAAUCUCAAAGAAAAGCCAGAUGUUGCAACAUUGUUAUUGGCGUUGCAGAGAACUCUUGAAUUUGAGGAAGAACUUGCUGAGAAAUUCAGUGGAGGAACUACAACUGCUCGGAAUAAAGAGCAGGAAAGCGAUGAUGAAAAUGAGGGUGUGGAACAAAAUAAAAUUGUUUCAGAUAUACGGAAGAAAUACGAGAAGAAAGUGGGAGUGCCCAAUGAUGAAGUUCAACAAGACAAAGACAAGCAGAAAGACUUAUCAGUUCCUGGUGCUGGGUUCAACUUUCAUGGAAUUAUAUCAUCUUGUUUUGAGCCAUACAUGGCUGUGUACAUAGAACUCGAGGAGAAAUCUUUGGUUGAACAAUUAGAUAAACUUAUCCAGGAAGAAAAAUGGGAAACCGAGGAAGGGAGUCAGACACACAUUCUAUCAAGCAGCAUGCAGGUGUUCUUGGUAAUUAGGAGAAGCUUAAAGAGAUGCAGUGCAUUAACAAAGAACCAAACAUUAUUCAACUUGUUUCAGGUAUUUCAAAGAAUACUUAAGGCCUAUGCAACAAAGUUAUAUGCUAGGAUACCAAAAGCUGGUACUGGCAUUGUUGCAGCUGCUACUGGUACCGAUGGUCAGAUCAGGACCUCUGACAGGGAUGAGAAAAUGAUAUGUUACAUUGUUAACACGGCGGAAUAUUGUCACCAAACCUCUGGUGAGCUAGCUGAGAAUGUUGCUAAGAUGAUCAGUUCUCAGUUUUCUGACAAGGUGGACAUGUCUGACGUUGAGGAUGAAUUCUCAGCUGUGAUCACAAAAGCUUUGAUGACACUUGUGCAUGGUGUAGAAACCAAAUUUGAUGCUGAAAUGGUUGCAAUGACUCGUGUUCCUUGGUCAACCCUUGAAAGCGUCGGCGAUCAAUCAGAGUAUGUGAAUGGUAUCAGCACAAUUUUGUCCAGUACUGUUCCUGUGCUUGGUAGCCUGCUUUCACCAACCUACUUCCAGUAUUUCCUGGACAAACUGGCUGCCUCGCUUGGUCCACGGUUUUAUCUCAAUAUAUACAAGUGUAGGCAUAUAUCGGAAACGGGUGCACAGCAGAUGCUUUUGGACACUCAAGCGGUCAAGACUAUUCUAUUGGACAUCCCAGCUCUGGGGAAACAGACUACAGUUGCGGCUAGCUACUCAAAGUUUGUAAGCCGGGAAAUGAGUAAAGCUGAAGCACUCCUGAAGGUUAUUUUGUCACCAGUUGAUUCUGUUGCUAAUACCUACCGUGCUCUCCUUCCGGAAGGCACACCUCUUGAGUUUCAGCGGAUACUUGAGCUCAAGGGCUUGAAGAAAGCAGACCAACAAGCUAUACUGGAAGACUUCAACAAGCAUAGCCCCAGCAUCAAACACCCUACCAUAACUCCCACAGUCGCACCGCCAGUUGCCAUCGCAUCUGUCCCAAUCGUACCAGUCGCGACUCAAGCCGUUUCAGCGACAGCAUCGCCAAGCAUGUCCACCGCCUUGACGGGGGCUCUGGCCAACCGAGAGGAUGUACUCGCCCGAGCUGCAGCACUCGGACGGGGCGCUGCCACGACAGGGUUCAAGAGGUUCCUCGCAUUGACAGAGGCAGCCAAAGACCGGAAGGACGGGCCGUUCCGUAAGCUUUUCAACGCCUAAAGUUUUGAUCUCGCUUGUUCAUAGUCGGCAAGUCUCUAUUGCAGUGCACAUAGCUAUAGGAAAUCAUUCCCACAUUGUGUUCAUGUGUACCCUAACCGUCAUCAUCAGUGUAUAAUGGUUAGAUUUUUUUGACACUUCCCCGUUUAGCGGAGAACUGAUAGCUCAGCUGCUGUAACAUUUCAUCACAGGAAUAAUAUUUCAUUGUCUGGUUCCA